AUGCAGAUCUCUGUCAAAGCCGUAUUCGCAGCUGCGUUGCUUGCGCCCAGCGUUACUUGCGCGCCUUACAACUGGGACUUCUGGGGCCAGUACACUUCUGCUGCCGCCUCAACUCCCUCCGCCACACCCUCAACUUCAGCUUCUGCUGCCGCAGCCACGUCGACCUCGUCUUCGUCUAACUCCUCCUUGUCUUCCGACGCGCAGAAGGCCCUCGACCUCCACAACGCGGCACGCAGCGACGUUGGCACAGCAGCACUCGUCUGGGAUGCCACGCUGGCUGCUAAUGCCCAGACGUAUGGCGAAACGCUGGUUUCCCAAUAUGGCUCUUCAGGCACACUCGAACACUCGAGCGUUUCGGACCAAGGGGAGAAUCUUUACUGGCAGGGCAGCAGCGGUGACGAUAUCCCAAUGACCAAUGCGGCGACCAUGUGGAUUGCUGAAAAGUCGGAGUACAAUGGAGAGACAAUCACAGAAAGCAACUACAUGAACUUUGGUCACUACACUCAAGCUGUUUGGAAGGACACAUCUAAGGUGGGCAUUGCGGCCGUUUCUGACGGAGCUGGCGGCUUUUACGUUGUUGCCCGUUAUCAAGAGCCAGGGAACUAUAUUGGUGAGGCAGCAUACUAA